AUGCCGGCCAUCACCAUGGAAGAGGUAGAGCGGAAGUUGCUCGCAACGAAGUCUUGGAAGGCGCCAGGCGAGGACGGCCUACCGGCCAUAGUGUGGAAGAUGACCUGGCCCACGGUCAAGCACCGGGUCCUCGAUCUCUUCCAAGCGUCGCUGGGGGAAGGCACGUUGCCGAAACAGUGGAGACACGCAAAGAUCAUUCCGCUGAGAAAACCGAAUAAGGAAGACUACACCAUUGCCAAGGCAUGGAGGCCGAUCUCACUGCUCGCAACACUGGGCAAGAUCUUGGAAUCGGUGGUGGCAGAAAGGAUCUCGCACGCAGUGGAGACCCACGGCCUGCUCCCGACCAGCCACUUCGGGGCCCGGAAGCAGCGGUCCGCGGAGCAGGCACUCCUGCUCCUGCAAGAGCAAAUCUACACGGCGUGGCGCGGCCGACGGGUGUUGAGCUUGAUUAGCUUCGAUGUGAAAGGAGCAUACAACGGGGUCUGCAAAGAACGACCACUCCAGAGAAUGAAGGCGCGGGGAAUACCAGAAACGCUGCUCCGGUGGACCGAGGCAUUCUGCUCGGAAAGGAUGGCGACCAUCCAGAUCAAUGGGCAGGAAUCUGCGGCUCGAAGCCUUCCGCAGGCUGGAUUGCCGCAGGGCUCGCCCCUGUCCCCGAUCCUAUUCCUCUUCUUUAACGCAGACCUCGUACAGAGGCAGAUCGACAGCCAGGGAGGAGCAAUUGCUUUCGUCGAUGAUUUUACUGCAUGGGUGACCGGGCCAACCGCGCGAAGCAACCGGGAAGGUAUUAAAACAAUCAUCAAUGAAGCGCUUGACUGGGAAAGGAGGAGUGGAGCAACUUUUGAGGCGGAGAAAACCGCCAUCAUACACUUCGCCCCCAAGACCUAUAAAGUGGAACAGGGUCCUUUUAUCAUCAAAGGGCAAACCGUUGAACCCAAAGAGAAGGUCAAGAUCCUGGGGGUUCUGAUGGACACGAGACUGAAGUACAAGGAACAUAUCGCGAAGGCAGCUUCCAAAGGUCUGGAGGCAGCGAUGGAGCUUCGACGACUCCGAGGUCUCUCUCCAGCAACAGCACGACAGCUGUUCUCAUCGACGGUAGCUCCAGUGGUGGACUAUGCCUCGAAUGUCUGGAUGCACGCUUUCAAGAAUCAAAACGUCGGACCGAUCAAUCGAGUGCAAAGGGUAGGAGCGCAAGCAAUCGUGGGGACAUUCCUCACAGUCGCGACCAGCGUAGCAGAGGCCGAGGCCUAUAUUGCCACUGCACAGCAUCGAUUCUGGAGACGGGCCGUGAAGAUGUGGACGGACCUCCACACGCUACCGGGAACCAAUCCUCUCCGCAGAAACACGGAUCGGAUCAGGAAAUUCAGAAGAUACCACCGCUCACCACUAUACCAAGUAGCAGACGCGCUGAAAAACAUCGAGAUGGAAUCGCUGGAAACCAUCAAUCCGUUUACACUGGCACCAUGGGAAGCCCGCGUGCAAACUGAUGAUGAGGCCAGUCCCGAGACAUCGACUAUGCCAGGCGGGUUAAUGCAAAUCGCACUUAGCAGCUCGGCGCGGAAUGAGCUGGUCGGAUUUGGGGGGGCGAUCGAGAAGCAACCACCUCGCUAUCGAAAAGUGAAACUAAAGGCCUUUUCCGUCACGUUGGGCGCAAGAAAAGAGCAAAAUCCAUUCUCCGCGGAGCUAGCAGCAAUGGCGCAUACAUUAAACACGCUGGUGGGACAGAAAGGUUACCAGGUUACGCUGCUCACAAGUAACAAAGCGGCGGCUCUCACGCUGAAGAACCCUCGACAGCAGUCGGGACAGGGAUUUGUCUGUCAAAUCUACAAGCUGAUGAGAAGACUGCGGAGGAAUGGCAAUCAGAUUAGCGUCCGGUGGAUCCCCACUAGCGAGGACAACAAACUACUAGGGCUGGCGAAAGAACAGGCUAGAGCCGCGACGCAAGAAGAUGCUAUCCCGCAAGGACAGGUCCCCAGGAUGAAAUCGACAACUCUGAAGAUUGCGCGAUCCCAAGCAGUCCCUAGCAGUGAGCUACCCGAGAAUAUAGGGAGACAUUCCCGACAAGUGGAUACAGCACUUCCAGGGAAACACACGCGACAGCUGUGCGACCGAUUAUCGUGGAAAGAAGCGAGCGUGCUGGCCCAGCUCCGCACGGGCAUGGCUAGACUCAAUGGAUAUCUCUUUCGAAUCAAUGCCGCCGAGACAGAUCAAUGUGCAUGUGGACAAGCAAGAGAGACGGUGGACCACUUUCUAUUUCGAUGUCGGAAGUGGACCGCACACCGGACGGAAAUGCUGCAAUGUACUCACACCCACCGAAGUAACAUGUCUUUCUUCUUGGGUGGGAAGUCGCCCUCCGAUGAUCAGAACUGGACGCCCAAUUUGGAAGCAGUGCGAGCCGCGGUACGAUUUGCGAUCGCUACGGGCCGACUUGAUACCACUUAA